UUGCAGCAGAGAUGAAAGGUAUACGUACGGGUUCGGAUUACAGCACAUAAAAAGAAGCAAAGAGGUAUGAUAAUGUCUGAUGCAUGCUGAGAUCUCAUUUACGCAGUACUGCUGCUACUGGUUGGCAGUAGUCCGAGGUAGUACCAUCAUCGUUUGUAAUUUCUUUUACAUAAUGGAAGCACUAUCCAUGGCUGAGGAAGACUCUGUUAUUUCAUGCGACAAGAAUGAGACUUUGAAAAAUGCGAACGAUAAUGUGACAAUUGAAGAUAGCAUUGGUUGUGUUUAUGGUAAAUUGGUUUUGCUUGGUUAUAAUGGCACGCUCGAAAGUAGUAGCACUUAUGCUCAAGGCCGUAAACAUCGUUCAAAAAUGAUACUGCGCAAACGACUAACGGGUAACGGUAUUAAAAAGCAUCAAAGCAGUUCGGUUAGCAUCCCGCCAUCACAGAGUCAGGUAGUGCGCGACGCUUCACGACAUGUUGUGUCGUAUUCGUACAAUCGUAAUCACACAGUUCUUGUAGAAUACAGCCCAGAUCCUUAUAAGGAUAUGUUUCAAAUUGGUCGCUCUUCCGAAGACCAAAUAGAUUUUACCGUUGUGGAUACAUGGCUUGCUGCAAACGCUCUUCAUCCAGGAGUCUACAGUGAACCAGGAUCCGAGAAUGCCGUGCUUGAUGCUUUUAGAGUUGGAAAAAAUGCACGUUGCAAUAUUCAGAGACCAAUAUCUUCAACUAUCAGUCGUUAUGCUUGUCGGAUACAAAUUAACCGUGACUAUCCCCAUCGAGCUUUUUUGUAUGCAGCUGGAUUUGACAGUUCCAGGAACAUUUUUCUCGGAGAAAAGGCAACGAAGUGGACGAAAUAUGAUGGCGAAAUUGAUGGUCUUACAACAAAUGGUAUUCUUAUUUUGCACCCAAAUACCAUGCAAAGACAGAAUUCCGGUCAAAAUACAGGAGACCAUAUGGGAAUGUUUGUGUGGCGUGAAGUCUCUGUCGAUGGUGACAUCUAUAAUAUAAGGGAAACGCGCUCUUCAACUAAACGAGGAGAGUUGUUGGCGGAUGAAACCAAUGAAUUACAAGAUGGGACACUGAUUGACCUCUGCGGUGCUACGCUUUUAUGGAGGACAGCUGAAGGCUUGACGAAAAGUCCGUGCCGCAGUGAGCUUGAGUCAAGGUUGAAUGAAAUCAAUGCUGGGAAGCCACAGUGCCCAGUAAAUCUUAAUACUCUCAUUAUUCCAAGGAAAAAGUCAGCGAAAAGUUAUGGUUCUUCCAGACAACCAUAUGUUUAUCUUAAUUGCGGUCACGUACAGGGCAAGCACGCAUGGGGCAAAAAUGACAAAAGUGACAGCGGGACUUUGUACAAGUGUCCCAUAUGUUUGGUGGAUUCAUCUAAAAUAAUCCAACUAGUUAUGGGGAUGGAAUCAGCAUUCCAUCUUGAUUCAGAUGCACUGGACUAUGCUUUCAAUCCAUGUGGGCAUGUUGCUUCACUAUCCACUGUGAGGUAUUGGUCUCGUAUUCCGUUACCGCAUGGUACAAGUAGCUUUCAUCCGGUAUGUCCAUUUUGUACAUCACUGUUAUCAAUGGAUAAACCAUAUGUUAGGCUUAUUUUCCAGGAUCACUGCUCUGAUUCGUAAUCCUUAAAUACAUAAAUGGUUUGUAGUGUUUAGGAUCUCCAUAUUUCUUUAUGUAUAUCCUUCCUCAGCGAGAUAGGUACAGUUAUUCGA